UCAAAUGAAGAAGAUUCGUGAGUCAUGCGCAUCUCCGCCUUCCCGAUGCCGUUUCUUCUUCUUGUCUUAAAGCACUCCCCUUCUAACCGAAAAUCAAACGAAACUCCUCUUCCUUCCGUCCUUCCCCCCUCGCCUCUUCUAUAAAUAUUAUUAUAUCCUCCCUUCACUUCUCUGCUCGCCACAUCUUCCCAGGUUUAUAUUUGCUUAUUUAUAUUUUACAGCUAUCCAUCUCUCUUUCUAAAAAUUGCAUCCAAUUAAGCAUAGAAGUCGCUCCUUGUGCUCUUCUUCCAACGGUUGCCAGCAAGUGCUUGCUGGCAGGUAAACCGUUUGGCGCACACUUUUGAAGAUUAUGAGUUCCCAAAGGGCAUUGAAACCUAGUAAAGCCUUAGAGGGUGUACACGGGGUGCAAGUAGUUCCUCAUUCACCAUUUGCAUUGGAGGAGAUUAACCAACAUGGGGACUUCCUGCACACUCAUGAUAAAUCAUUUAUUACAGCAAAUCAACCACUACUGAUUCAAGUAUGGCAGCAGAGACCAGCUUGUUUGAGGCCUGUAAGAUGUUGUAUGCAAGGGGACCAGAAUCUUCUAGAGACAGUUGCCAAUGUGUUAACAUCAAUUCCUUUUAUUGCUCUUGGGAUCCAGACCCCAAGGAAAAAUUUGAACACUAAGCUGUAUGCUAAUUCACUCAUUGGAGUUGGAGUUGUAUCCACUUUGUAUCAUUCUUCUAGAGGAAAGCUGAGGAAGUAUUUAAGGUGGGCUGAUUAUACAAUGAUAGCCACAGCAACAGUGUGUCUAUCAAGAGCCCUUAGAAACGAGAACCCAAAGUUACUGAUGGCAGCAUCUGCUUUACUUCUACCUGUCCAGCCUCUGAUGGUUUCAGCUGUUCACACUGGAAUGAUGGAGGUAGCAUUUGCAAAAAGAGCAUUAAAAGAUCCAGAACUAAGAAUGGCUCACAAUGUGCAUAAGAUGUCAUCACUGCUGGGAGGUGUUCUUUUCAUUGCAGAUGACGUGUUUCCUAGUACUCCUUUCCUUCAUGCUGCAUGGCAUCUUGCCGCAGCUGUUGGUGUUGGCACGUGUAACAAGCUUCUUGAGUAGUGCAUAUAUCUCAGGUCAAUCCCUAUAUCUAUGAUUCAUUCCUUACUAUUCAUUUAUCCUGAGAGCUGGGAGAACAAAAUUGCUUUGUUCGAUCAGGAGAACAAAAUUGCUUUGUUCGAUCAGGCAUAAAAUAAGGUAGAAUGUAGAAUUUUUGUCUUCGAUCAGCAUAACAUGCUGCAUUAUUGAACUGGGACCCAAACUGGGUCCUUUUAUUUUUCUUUUUCUAUUACUAUUAAUUAUUUCCCUAAA